ACUUCUCGUGUCAUUCAAACGGUAGCCUUACAAAGAUCCGCGCGGUGCGAGCGCGCGCUCAGUCUCCUAACGGAACAAAACCCGCGAAGCUUAACCCACAGCUUACACACACACACACACACACACACACACACACACACUCAGAAAUAAUUAACAUUUAGGUAAAGAAAUUAAACAAACAACUAAGGACACCGUGUUGGUGAUGGCGCGAGGCGAAGGCUCGGAGCAGUUUCCUGUCCCUUUACUGCCGGGUAAACUCCUCCGACAGGACGGGGUCAGGAAGGAAAAGAAGGGUGUGUCCAUGUGCAGUAAGGUGUGCUUUGCGAUAGGUGGAGCUCCAUAUCAGAUUACAGGCAGUGCUCUGGGCUUCUUCCUGCAGAUCUUCCUGUUGGACGUGGCACAGUUAGAGCCGUUCUAUGCGUCCAUCAUCCUGUUUUCAGGACGAGUGUGGGAUGCCGUUACGGACCCCACUGUGGGUUUCCUUGUUAGUCGGAGUCCGUGGACGCGACGCGGCCGGAUGAUGCCGUGGAUUGUGUUGUCCACUCCGUUUGCAGUGUUGAGUUAUUUCCUGAUCUGGGUGGUUCCUCCAGUGGAGAAAGGGAGAGUGGUGUGGUUUUUAUUCUUCUACUGCGUGUUCCAGUCUCUACAGACGUGUUUUCAUGUGCCUUACUCGGCUCUGACCAUGUUCAUCAGCUCAGAGCAGAAAGAGAGAGAUUCAGCCACAGCGUAUCGGAUGACUAUCGAGGUUCUCGGUACGGUUCUCGGAACGGCUAUCCAGGGUCAGAUAGUGGGCGGGGCCAAUGCACCUUGUUUAAACCACACCUCCUUUUUGAAUGACAGCUAUAACGUUAUGCAGCUGAGCUCCAAGGCCAACGUAUCACACGUCACAUUGGAGGAUACAAAAAGAGCGUACAUGCUAGCGUCCGGGGUGAUUAGCAUCAUCUACGUCCUGUGUGCCGCUGUUCUGUUUCUGGGCGUGCGAGAACAAAAAGCUGUCACGCGUGUGAAAGAGGAGCAGUGUUUGUCGUUUGUGGAGGGUCUGAAGCUGCUGCAGAAACACCGGCCGUACGUUAAACUGGUCAUGGGUUUCCUCUUCACGUCUCUGGCCUUCAUGCUGAUGGAGGGAAACUUUGCUCUGUUCCUUACCUACACACUUGGACUGCGCGACGACUUCCAGAACAUUCUCCUCGUCAUCAUGCUGUCUGGAACCCUCACCAUCCCUCUGUGGCAGCUGUUCCUCACGCGCUUCGGCAAAAAGACUGCAGUCUACGUCGGCAUCAUGUGGGCGGUCCCCUUCAUGAUCCUGGUGGUGUGUAUUGAGAGCUCUCUCAUCAUAACCUACAUCGUUGCCGUAGCAGCCGGUGCCAGUGUGGCUGCAGCUUUCCUCCUGCCAUGGUCCAUGUUACCCGAUGCAGUGGAUGAUUAUAAAGUACAGAAUCCCCGCUCUCAGGGUCACGAGGCCAUCUUCUACUCCUUCUACGUCUUCUUCACCAAGUUCGCCUCCGGAGUUUCACUGGGCAUCUCCACGCUCAGCUUACAUUUUGCAGGAUACGUGUCGAGAGCGUGUGUUCAGCCCGACUCGGUGAAUUUAACCCUGAAGCUGCUGGUGUCGGCCGCGCCCGUCUCCCUCAUCAUCCUCGGCCUCCUCAUCUUCAGAUCCUACCCCAUCGACGAGGAGAGGAGGAGAGAAAACCGUACCCGCCUACACGCCCUUCUGCAUGACAGCAGUGAACAGGACGUCUGAAUCACACUUGAGUCGAGUACACACACUUCUGUAGUGUGUGUGUGUGUGUGUGUGUGUGUGUGUGUGUGUGUGUGUGUGUGUGUGUGUGUGUGCGCAUGUGCAACCAUAAGUGCCUUAUUAAGACUCGUUCACAUGGUGUUAGGAUAAAUGAAGGAAGAAGACACAGAAGGACUUUAGUUUUUGCACUUGGUCUACUCUUACCACUGCACAUUGGAGGAGGAGGAUAAUAAUAAUAAUAAUAAGAAGAAGAAGAAGAAGAAGAAUUACAAUUACAAUUACAAUAGCAAUUACAGCCAUCACCUGCCAGCGCUUUAGUGCUGAGGUUUAAUGCUUCCUGAUCGACUUCCACUCACGAUCAGUCAGCAGAGUGUGUACUUUACCCAGCACAAGAGAAGCAGCCUCAGCCUCGACCUAUUUGGACCAAUGCAUUCUGGGUAAGUUCUCGAAGUCUGAGGUGAUGUCCACUCAAUCCUUCAUCUCAGCAUCCAUUCAGAACCCCAAGAGUUGUUUUUUUUUACCAUGUGGUAGUGGAGGAACGGAAGUUAAAGCAGGAUUUGAGCACUAAAGCCCUGACUGCACUUUCUUCUGAAUAAAUAACUCGAUUCAUUUGGAGUAAAUAUAAAUAUAUGUAUGUAACAUGUGCGUUCUCAUCACAGGCUCUGCUGCCCCCUGUGGCUGAUCCAAAGAAUUACAUCCAACUACUUAGUUCAAAUAAAUAUCAACAACAAUUUAGAGAAAAAUAAAAUCUACAUAAGAACCUAAAAUAAACAUAAGGAUGAAUAAUAAAUUUCUGUGGGGGAAAAAUAUUUGAAGACCCCCAUUAGAAGAAAAAUGUCCAACGAAUAAUAAAGAUAAAACGGUAGGCCAACUCCAAAUGAAUUUGGUUAAUUGUUCACUUGUGUAUAUAGUGCACUCUUGUGGAUGAAACAGGAAUUGCAGCCGCAAAAUUAAAAAAAAUCCUGUCAUUUCAUCCGAAUAAAGAAAUAAAGUCUAUUAAACACGAGAACCAAAACGUUAGCCAUAAAUUCGAAGGAUUUGGUUGUUUGAGAGAAUCUGAAUAAAUUGUUUGAGUUAAAAAGUGAGAUCGAGACGUCAUCUCCAUUGUUCAAAAUAACAUCAGUUUAUUAUAUUAUACUGCUCCUGACUGUUACUGACUUGAUUAACCAAAUUUUAUCAUGUAGCAUAACUAAUAUAUUUAUUCACUUCCAAGACUGAUGUAACGUGCAGUUUUACUGAUCUAAAUAACACAAUAUUAUAGUUUAACAGCUUUAGCUUAGCUAACCAGCUACGUAAACACAGCUAAUGCUAAUAUUAGCCAGAUACCUUUUUAGUUUAGUUUAGCGUAGUGUUACCUCUCUAAUGGGAACUAUCUGAAGCUACACGGCUAGUCACUUUCGCUAGCAGGCUAGAUCACGUCAUGCUAGCUGUUAUCUUAAGAUGAAACCUCAGCAGUCAGUUGAUGAAAUGUCUAAUAUCUGAUCAUUUACUUUAUUAGGAAAUCUAACCGUGUGUGUCAAACUGUCGUGAAGGAUUAUUGAUUAUUUAGUGAGCAUUCAAGGGUUUUUUUGUUUUUGUUUUACAAUGGUGUAUGAAGUUCAUUUCUGUUUGUGCCACAAUGAUAUGGUCAGUUUGUGUCGAUUAUUGUCAACGUUGUGGCACAAAUGCAAAGAGUUGAACUUCAUCCAUCACAGCACAUGUGCACAGCACCACCGCUUCUGAGUGCUGUACUGACCUCAGUGUUUAACAUAAAAACCAGCACUUGAAUUUUUUUUAACCAAAAAAACCGGAUGAGUGUUUACACACUGAAUAAACCCAACAAACCAGCAAUAAGUAAACGAGCGCUAGACAGCGCUAGAAUUGUUACACGGAUUUCUCCAAUGGGUGAGAGAUUGCAGGACUCUAAUGAAUAACGAAUAACUGCAGCGGGGUCAAACUUUAAACGUCUGCAGACAUCGUCAGAAAAUACUGCACAUUCAGAUACGCUGCCGUUUAAUUUAAAAUACGAGCCAAGACACUGACGGUGACAUUUCCAAUGACGUUCAGAGCGAGUUUGUUCAAAUCUUUUGUUGAAAUCUUUUACCUGCAACAGUUUUGAAACCUUCAGGAUGUGGGAUCCGAUCUAAAAUGAGCACGAAAGCAGCAGAAUAACGACGCGGACGAGGAAACGCGUAAGGAAACGAAGGUUUUUAUGGAUAAUGAAGCAGAAACACUUUAAACCACUUUAUCAUCAGGACUUGACUUUAACACACACCACUGCUUAUUAAUCAGAGCUGCUGUUGAGCGUAUCUGAGACGAAUCCUCGACUCGUGUUCUUUAACAGUGUUCAGUUUAAAUGUUGUGCAAAGCUCCAGAAGCUGCUUAUUUUGAAUGAAGCGAGACACCUUUAUAGGUUCUGAUGGGUUUUUUCCUUGUAAUAUUUAUUUAAUUUCAAUCAACAGUUUUAAUAAAAUUAUAAUUCAAUAAUGUAAAA